CAAACUCGCUGGAACAGUCGUUAAGUCGCCCAUCCAGACAUCAUAGAAGAUGCAGCGCUUCACCCUUUUAGUCUUGGGGAUCGUAGGAUCCGUUAUCUGCGAGGAUUUCCCAGAUAUCCCGGAGUUCCUUCAGAAAGGAAAUUGCGCCAAGAUCAGCACCUUUCCCAAAUUCGAUUUAAGAAGGUACAGCGGACGCUGGUACCAGACUGACGUCAUCGAAAUUCCUUACCAGCCUUAUACCAGAUGCAUCAAUUCCUUCUAUGAUUACUCGGAAUCCUCUUUUGGAUUCAACGUCAGGACGGCAGGAUUGAGCCCUGAGGGCGAACACCUGAAGUUGGAAGGGAAAAUCUACCCAACUGAGAGGUUCCCCGCAAGUCACAUGUUGAUUGACUUCCCUACAGUCAUGGGUUACCCAUAUGAAAUCAUUGACACUGACUACGACACGUACUCCUGCGUGUAUUCCUGCGUCGACUGGAACGCCUACAAGACGGAGUUCGCCUUCGUCUUCUCGAGGACUCCUGAGAACAAUGGACUCGCUACUGCCAAGUGUAAGACUGUCUUCACAAAGCGCGGAAUCGACUUCUCGACAUUCGUCCAAGUACCCCACACUGACGAUUGCGUCUACAGAGCCUAGAUUUAUAUGAGUACGACACAGAUCACCUCAUACAUCCAUCCGUCUUUAAUUUCUUGUGCCGUUUUGGGCACACGCCUUUUUAAUACUGUUCUGAUUAUGAGCUGAGAUCAGUAAAUUUUAAAUUCAUAAAAAACUGUGUCUAUAAACGAAGAAAAAAAAAUGUACUUAUUUUGUUAGCGAGUAGAUAACAAAAAUGAAAAAUUCGUCUAGUAAGAGAGAUUCAGAAAUGGGAUGAUAAAUCAAAUCUUACUCACUGUAUUUAUGUCAAUAAAGAAUCGUGAAAUAGA